CAUCCUUAGAAAAUUCAAAAAAAAUUAUUAUUAAGUAAAUGUGGAUUACAAAUCGAGCUGUCACAAUGUAAUGUUGUUAAAAAAUAAUAAUUCAACUUUUAUUUUUUACAUUUCAAUGGGUAAAUUCAACUCCAUGCAAGAGAUGAGUACAAGAGAACAAGCAAACCACCCCACACAUGUCGUGUUAUCCCAACCUCAUUUGCAGAAAAUAUCUCGCCAUGAAAACUAUUUCGUUUUCACCACAAAUCCACACUAGCCUUUUGCAGCUUCCCAGGAAGACGCUCUUACAUUACCUAAUGGUGCACGCAUAGGGUUCCACAAAAAAAAAAAUAAAAAGCAUGUUUUUUUCCCAGGAUCUCCAUAUUUUAAUCGAUGUCUUAUUAAAAAAAUAUAGGAAAACGACGACUAUAACAAGGGAAGUUAAGCAUGGGGAGAACAGGAUUGUGCAACUGCUUCAUUGCUUCUUUCCGAACUCCAAUCUCCAUUUGCAGACGCAAAAAACCUUUGAUUCCUUGGAGAAAGCUAAACCUUAUGGCGACAUCGAUGGAUCCCUCGGGCACAAAAACUUAUCAGCAGAACGUGUUGGUAAUGAGGCACGGCGACCGUUUGGACAACUUCGAUCAAGAGUGGGAAAAGACGGCCGACAGACCGUGGGAUCCGCCGCUCAUACAGAAUGGCCUAAACAGGGCUUUUGGCACGGGCCGUGAGUUUCGAACCCGGCUACCUUUCCCAAUCCACCGAGUCUUCGUCUCUCCCUUCCUCCGCUGCAUCCAGACUGCCUCCGAGGUUGUGGCUGCCCUUUGCUCCGUCGAUGACGAUCCUAAUGCCAAGUCAUCCAAUGACGUCAUUGCCAUCGACCCCUCCAGAGUCAAGGUUUCAAUAGAAUACGGGCUGUGUGAGAUGCUAAAUAAAACAGCAAUUAGGAUUGAUGUUGCGCCCAAAGACGGAAUCUUUCGUUUCGAUGUUCCACAGCUCGAGGCUCUGUUACCAAGUGGCACGGUAGAUCCUACGGUGGAACCAGUUUAUAAAGAGUUGCCGCAAUGGGAAGAGACAGUGUGGGAUGCAAGGAGCAGAUAUGAACGAAUUAUUAAGGCACUAGCGGAUAAAUACCCAUCACAAAACUUGCUGUUAGUGACACAUGGGGAAGGGGUUGGAGUUUCAGUUUCUGCAUUCAAGGAGGACACUGAUGUGAUUGAAGUAGAUUAUUGUGCUUAUUCAGAACUUACAAGACAAGUUUCUUUGAAAAAUGAGUCAUUCAGUGCUGGAAACUUCGAGGUGCUUACAGAAAGUGGCCAGACUGGGGUAACUUAUAUUGCAGAGUAGCAACUUUAAUGAUUUUGUCAAUGGUAGUGUCAUAGAUUCUUUGCCUUCAACCACGAAGGAGAUGACUCUGAUUUCAUCUGAAGCAUACCUCAGUCUUCCUCUUGAUGCGUCGGCUUUCCUUUACAUUAACAUACUUUGUAUUAAGAUGACAUGGAUUCAACAAAUAUCAGUAUGAAACUGUCUUUUUCUUCCCCUGUUUUGUUUGCUGACAGUGCAGAUUGAGAUGCCGUGAAAGUGAUGAAGGGAAACAAUUUCUGUUCCUUGAUUGGAUAAUGCCAUUGUUACUGUUAAAUCAUUGUGAAAGUUGUAGUCUUGAUGCGGAUAUGUUCGACCAUAAUAUAUGGGGGCAAAGUCAACUUUGUGGCUGAAGAAUUAGUUAAUACGUUAAACUCAAGACGAGUUUCCUUGUUCUCGGUUACUAUGACGGGCAUGAGAAUGUAAUGAUGGAAUGAAUACGUGUUCCUUCGAAGCAAGAUACGUAGCAUUUUUGGCCCAUUUGUUCCCAAACCGUGCCUGCAACUCUACAACUACCCUCUCUUCCUCUAUCGUAAACUUGCGCAAGAAGACAGCGACAGAAACUGAAGAUCACUUCUUCAAGUUGGGUCCAAGUUUGUUAACCCAACGGAAACGGCAUGAUUUUGGCAGUUGUUGGGUACAAUUGGAGAUAAUUAGUUGGCUUAUUACACUACUCAAAAUUUUAAAGUAGCUGAAUAACAACACAAUUACAUGUAGAAAGAAAGAAAAUAAGGAACUGCUGUGCAAAAUGCUAUCAAUCUAUUGUUUGUCAGAGGCAGCACUGACUGCAGUGGUAUCAGCACAAAUUCUAAUCAUCAAUCACCCGUUGGUCGA